AAUUUCUUUCUAGUUUUAUUGUGUCCGAAUAACUGUAAACAUCUAGGUAAACAUUAACUUAUAGUUUUUACUUAUGCGGUACCGGAUCAGGCAGAAACAUGGAUUAUGCAAAAAUUUGUCGUCUUUGUUGUGAUAGUAAUUGCCGGUUAUAUCCUAUUCAUGAAGCGCAUGAUGGUUAUUCAAUGAAACAAAUCUUUAGCAACAUUCUUCAACUGGAGCUCUCGGCUGACGAUGAUUUACCGCAACAAAUUUGUGAAUUGUGUCUUACUACACUGGUCAAAAUGCAUGAAACCAUAGAGGCUUUUCGUGAAAACGAAAGCAUGCUACGAUUGCAAAAAUGCGGUGAAUUCGUGCAGGUUGACGUUGAAGAGGAGGUUCUCGAACACGAAAAUGCGGUUCAAGAUCGAGCAAAUGAACUGUGCGUAUUCGACUACACAUUCAUGUGGUUUAUGAAAGUAAAAGUUCUCUUAAUCAUUGUUAUGGGGGCGGGUAUAGCGUGAUGGGUGAUGGCUAAGCCCACCUGGGUACGAUUCUCAACUCUGCACAUAGGGCAAGUUGAUGUCACCGGAGAGGACAACAAAAGUGACUUUGAACCAGACAACGAAGAGUUGUUACUAUCCGAUAGCGAAGAUCUGUCAGAAGUAGAGGAAAAAUAUGCCAAAAAGCAACGUUUAAAGUUAAAAGAAAAGCGAGUGAAUGGCGCACCGAAACGGAAAUGCGGGCGUCCCAGAACCCGUUUUGAAGACCCAAAUCGUCCCCGAGUAAACGAUUUUAAAUGCUAUAUUUGUAAAAGCAAUUCAUUUGGUACGCCUGAGGCUUUACUUUUUCAUCUCGAUUCUCACUUGGAUAAACUGCCUUACACUUGUGCGGCUUGCGUUGUGGAGACGGUAGUCAUAAAUAAAGUGACGACGCUCAAUAUUCAUAUGAGAAUGCACGAGAAUCCCCAUAAAUGCCCCCAUUGUGACCGGCGAUAUAGCAAAAUACGGGCCAUCGAAGCUCAUAUAAAUACGUACCACCUGGGCGAAAACGCUCCAUGUCCAACGACAUGUGAUCAGUGCGGUAAAGUUUGUUCCUCCGUUACUUCACUGAAACAUCAUCAAAGAUUACACACUAACGGAUUUGCUUGUGAAAUUUGUGGUAAAUUAUGCCACGGGAAGCAUAAACUCAGAAAGCAUAUCGAAUUGACUCAUGAGAAAGUAAAAAAGUUUGAAUGCCAUUUGUGUCAUAAAAUGCUCUCAACUCUGGCUGCUGUGCAGGCUCAUAUCAAGAUAAUGCAUUCUACGAAGGAGGUGAAGUGCAAACACUGUGAUAAAAGCUACUCUUCAGAACUAUCUCUUCGUUACCAUCUGAAGAAACACGAACAGCAUCCAGAUGUAAAAUUUUCGAGUGAUUGGAAAAAAUACUACGAAAUCGUAGAAUCUGAAGAUGGCACCAAACUAAAAAAAUGCAAUUUAUGUGGAACCGUAUGUAAAGCCAUUGCGCGACAUAUGCAUUCGGUCCAUUUCCCUACAGAGUAUCGAUGCGAUCAGUGCGAUACGGUAUUCAAGGAUAAAAAAGCAUACGAGAUUCACGUUUGGGUACAUGAGCAUGGUAAGGCCUACGAAUGCCCGAUAUGUGGCAAGAAAACUUCCGAAAAAAGGAAUUUAAUUGCCCAUUUGAAAACGAAAAAGCACCGAGAUCAUCCUUUAAGCAAAUCGCUUGACUGGCUAGACAAAUAAAGAGUUGAGGGUAGAGUGUACAGCCGGUAUAGCCGAACCUGGGAAAGUGAGAUGGAGAGUUCAUUUUAGUGGGUACACCAAAGAAACAAUACUGCAGAGAACUUAUACCGUUUGAAUAAACGUGAAAAUCGUUGAAAUAAAAAAAGACUCGUGUUAUAUUUUAACAGUUCCCUCAUCAUACACAGACCAUGUAGCCAG